GUGACAACAGUUGUACUUGCAACAACACAAAACGGUAAUAGUGCUACAAAGAGCAAGUGUUCGUUUGAAACGACAAACAGUGCUUACGAAAUCCUUUCCGAAAUGCAACGCAUUUGCUUAGUGUUGUUUAGCUUGUGCGCAGUCGCCAUGGCCGGCUUCCUCGGUGGCGGCGGUAGCGGCUGGAGCUCUGGUGGAGGUGGCGGUAGUCGUGGCUGGAGCUCCGGAGGCAGCGGUGGUGGUGGUUGGAGUGGUGGUGGUGGCGGUGGUAUCUCCUUAUGGCCCAGCAAAUCCUCUUAUAGUAGCGCGGCGGCGGCAAUGGCUGGCGCUCUCGGGCGGUUGGUCUGGAGGCGGCGUGGCGGUGGCGGCGGCUGGCCGGGCAAAUCUAGCUACAGCAGCGGCUGGUCGAGUGGAGGUGGAUACGGUCGUGGCGGCGGUGGUAGUGGUGGUUGGGCGCAAGCGCUAUCUGGUUGGAAAUCGGGUCUCGGUGGUGGCGGCGGUGGCAGUGGCUGGAAGUCAGGUGGUGCGGUGGUAGCGGCUGGUCACUAG